AUCGCUGACUACGAGAAGGUUGCCUUGAUAGUAUAUCUGGCUCAUAUUUGAAGGUGAGAAAACUUGCCAUGGGUAUCGGCCCGAGGCGAUAACUAAGUUAUGUUCCUGCUCAAAACGCAGAAAUAGGUAUUACUGAUAGGAUCUUGACUCGUAUCAGCACUCCUGAAACUGUAUCAAAAGUAUGUCGAAUUGGCCGGAGGAGAACAACAUUAACUCGGACUACGUUCAGAUCCAGAGCAUAUUCAUGUUAGACUUGCAGCAGAUUUCACUGCUGCAGCAGUUUUCCACACGAAGAAGUCUGAUUGUCAUUGACAAGUUCGGGAAAGGCACUGAUGUAAAUGGCUUCGGUCAUAUGGAAGUCCGAAUGGAUAAGGAAAUCGCAAACGCUAAAGAGCAGGUCACUUCUCUCUACAACCAGGCCGCAGCAAUUAGAGCUUCGGAACACCGUAUGGAUUCAUCCAUAUGUGCUGCUAUGAACGGGGUCGAUGAAGCUAUCGUUACAACGAAUUUGUGUCACUAUCAGCCCGAGGACAAGAUCUCGUCGCAGCUUGAGUGGAUUGCCCGCAGAUUUCUGAAAAUGGACCUAUCGACAAACAUGGGAAGACAUUUUACGCAGGAUUUAGCGGAUUUGUUGACCACCGGAGCGGCCGCCUCAUCCCGAGGUCUGGUUGAUGAACUCUUGAUGCUCACUCGGGAUUGCGCAUGUCUCCAAAAUAUUAUUACUGGGGAAGCAGGCGGCGUAAUAAGCGACAAGUUUGUCCACUUUGUGUAG